AUGGCAUCGAAGUUAAUAGCAAGUCACCGGGAAGGGGCUGAGAUCUACCAUGGAACUACUCUUUGCAAGCAAAAAACGCAAGAGCUCCUCGACCACUUCCAUCUCCCUAAAGGGUUGAUGCCUUUGAGCCACAUCAAUGAGUUCGGCUACAAUAAGAUCACAGGGUUCAUUUGGUUGAAUCAGGAGAAGACCGUCAAGUAUUUGUUCAAGGAGCUUGGGCUCUCGUCUUAUGGUGCUGAAAUUACAGCGUUUAUCGGAGAUCGUCAGUUGAAGAAGUUGACUGGUGUUAAAAGCAAAGAGAUGAUGAUUUGGAUUACUGUCUCUGAUAUUUCUGUGGAUGAUACUAAAGUUCCUAGCAAAAUCUGUUUUGCUAAUUCGAUGGGCCUGUCAAAGAGCUAUCCGGUGAUAGCAGUUGAAGAUGAGCCAAAAGAGAUGAAAUGA